ACAAAAUGUCACCAGGAUCUAUUGUUGCCAUGCCCGUUGCUACAUCAUUGGAAGGUUAUGUUGGAUUUGAUACAAUUACUCAACAAAUUGAAAAGAAAUUAUUAAAAAGAGGAUUUCAUUUUAACGUUAUGGUUGUUGGUCAAUCUGGUUUAGGAAAAUCUACUUUAGUAAAUACUAUCUUUGCUUCUCAUUUGAUUGAAAGUAAAGCACGAUUGGAAGCUGAUGAACCUCAUAGACAAACUACUGAAAUUGAAACUGUUUCUCACUUGAUUGAAGAAAAUGGUGUUCAUUUACGUUUGAAUAUUGUGGAUACUCCUGGUUAUGGUGACCAAGUCAACAACGAAAACUGUUGGGAACCUAUUAUCAAGUAUAUCAAAGAUCAACACUCUGCUUAUCUUCGCAAGGAAUUGACAGCAACUCGUGAUCGUUAUAUUCAAGAUAGUCGUAUUCAUUGCUGUUUAUUCUUCAUUAGUCCAACUGGUCAUGCAUUGAAGCCUAUUGAUAUUGUCGUAUUGAAGAAAUUAUCGGAAGUGGUAAAUGUUGUACCUGUGAUUGCUAAAUCGGAUUCCUUGACUAUUGAAGAGCGUCAAUCUUUCAAGCAAACUAUCAAAGCAGAACUGACCUUCCACAACAUCAAGUUAUAUCCAUACGAAAGUGAUGAAGAUGAUGAACAAGAACAAGCGUUGAACGAAAGUAUUCGUGAACUUUUACCUUUUGCUAUCGUUGGAUCUGAAAGAAAUGUGGUGAUUGAUGGUCGACCUGUCCGUGGUAGAAAAAAUCGAUAUGGUGUUAUCAAUGUUGAAAAUGAAGAACAUUGUGAAUUCAUUCAUUUGCGUAACUUUUUGACUCGAACACAUCUUCAAGAUUUAAUUGAAACAACAGCCCAAAUUCAUUAUGAAGCAUUCCGUGCAAAACAAUUACUGGCUAUCAAGGAAUCCACUCAUUCCAACAUGAAUCAAACUUCAAGUGGUUCUACAUCUCAAUCGACUAUGCCUCUUAGUCCUAAUACCAUCAACACGAUGCCUUCACCCAAUUCAUUGACUAGUCCUAGUGGUACCAGUCAAGCCAUGAAUCCCUCUCCUACAAUGGAAUCAUCAAGCCCAUUAAACAAGUCGGUCCCCACUCUAGCUUAAAAAAAAAAGUGGUUAUAUCUCUCUCUCU